AGGGAGGGGAGCAGAGCAGCAGUGUAGGAAAAGAGGAGGAAGCAGCAAGGAUGGCGGAGUCACACCUCUGAAGCAAACGUCGAGGGAAUUUUAAAAGAAAAAAAAAAACCUUCAUUAACCUUUGCAACGGGAAAGAGCUUCCAUCCGAAGGUCCUGGGAUCGUGUGCUGUUCAAACACUUAAGCAUGUGGCCUAUGGAUGCCACAAUCCAGCUACUUCAAAGGAUUUUUUCUCCCAUGGCAUUUUAACAAAGGGACAAAGUAUCAUAAGUAUCCAAAAAGUCUUUGGAUCCAAAGGCCUUUAUUCCAAGGGUAAUUGUAAAUGUGUGGGCCUGCACAGGAAUGUGUUUUUUAAAAGCCUCUUUGGCUGUCUGUCCUGUUUUUUUGGAAUAAGUGACCUGACAAGAGAGACUCCCAUGAGCAAUCUUGUAGGUUCCCCGAUAACGUCGACAUGAGUAGUACUUUAGGUAAAGAUAAAGAAACGAAAGAAAAGGACCCCAAAGGUGGUCCGGCUGGCUUAGUGAAGGAUGGGGGCAAAGACCCGAAGACCAAAGGGAAAGAUGCCAAAGAAGGAAAGAAGGACACCAGCAGCUCAACACCAGGUGUUGCCUUCUCCGUUGACAAUACGAUAAAGCGGCCAAACCCAGCAACAGGUACACGCAAGAAGUCCAGUAAUGCAGAGGUGAUCAAAGAGCUUAACAAAUGUCGGGAGGAGAAUUCGACGAGACUGGAUUUGUCCAAGCGGUCCAUUCACACUCUGCCCACUUCCAUUAAGGAGUUGACACAGUUGACUGAACUCUACCUAUACAGCAAUAAGCUGCAGAGCCUGCCAGCUGAGGUGGGUUGCCUAUCAGGCCUGGUCACUUUGGCCCUCAGUGAGAACUCCCUGACCAGUUUGCCUGACUCCCUGGACUCCCUGAAGAAGCUUCGAAUGCUUGACCUCCGACAUAACAAGCUAAGAGAGAUACCACCAGUCGUCUAUCGCUUGACAUCUUUGACCACGCUGUACUUGCGCUUCAAUCGCAUUACAACAGUGGAGAAGGACAUCCGAAACCUAUCCAAACUCACCAUGCUCAGCAUUCGUGAGAACAAGAUCAAACAGCUACCCGCUGAGAUAGGGGAGCUAUGCAGCCUCAUUACUCUGGACGUUGCCCAUAACCAGUUGGAACACCUACCGAGGGAGAUUGGAAAUUGCACACAGAUAACUAACCUCGACUUGCAGCACAAUGAGCUCUUGGACCUCCCAGAGACUAUAGGAAACUUGGCAAGCAUAAAUCGCUUAGGUCUGAGGUACAAUAGAUUGUCAGCUAUUCCCAGAUCUUUAGCGCUAUGUCGAGAACUGGAGGAGCUAAAUCUUGAAAACAACAACAUUUCAGUGUUGCCAGAGGGUCUGCUGUCAAGUUUGGUCAAUCUGACGAGUUUAACGCUGGCAAGAAACUGCUUCCAGUCGUACCCUGUGGGUGGGCCAUCCCAGUUCUCAACCAUUUACUCUCUCAACAUGGAGCACAACCGUAUCAACAAGAUACCCUUUGGCAUCUUUUCCAGGGCAAAAGUGUUAAGCAAGCUUAACAUGAAGGACAACCAGUUAACAGCACUGCCUUUGGAUUUUGGUACAUGGACUAGCAUGGUUGAACUUAACCUGGCCACCAAUCAGCUGACUAAGAUCCCAGAGGAUAUCUGUGGUCUUGCUUCUCUGGAGGUGUUAAUAUUGUCCAAUAAUCUUCUCAAGAAGUUACCACAUGGUAUUGGGAAUUUGAGAAAGUUAAGGGAGCUUGACUUGGAGGAAAACAAGUUGGAAUGUCUACCUAAUGAAAUCGCUUAUCUGAAAGAUUUACAGAAACUGGUGUUGACAAAUAAUCAGCUGACUAUGUUACCCAGAGGAAUCGGCCACCUCCUCAACCUGACUCAUCUGGGUUUGGGGGAGAACCAGCUGCAACACCUUCCGGAGGAGAUUGGCACACUGGAGAACUUGGAGGAACUGUACCUCAACGACAACCCCAACCUGCACAGCCUUCCAUUUGAGCUGGCCCUCUGCAGUAAACUGUCCAUCAUGAGCAUAGAGAACUGUCCCCUCACCCAUCUGCCACCCCAGAUUGUCGCAGGAGGCCCUUCUUUCAUCAUUCAGUUCCUCAAGAUGCAGGGACCAUACCGUGCCAUGGUCUGAGCCAAGAGCAGCUCAAUGCCAGUCCUGAUUAACUGCAAACCCUCCACUUGCUCUGCACCCUUUUGCCUGCCCACCCUCAUUAUGUGUAUCAUACACUGUAAAGAAAACACACUCGUCACAACAGGUGUCGGUGGGGCAAAUAAAAAGAGGAUACUGAGGAGGAAAAUGUUUCUUUUUAUCAUCCUUGGGCAGAAGCAAAGCAAACCUUUGGAGACUUGACUUCUGUGUUUCUCCAGUUUAUCACGGUCAUUUUAGGACGCCAGUCCAUCACCCGUAACUCGUCUUUCAUUCCGAAUCAUACAAGAGGAAUUAUUUCCAUCUAUUUGCCAAAACUGAAGAUAUAUAAAGUUAUAUAUAUUGAGUAACUGUGAGCUAAGUGGCAAGUCUUUCAACCAUAUAAACCAUGCUCCCAUUGCCAAUGUAUUUACGGUAAUUACAAGCAUCUAUUAUGUGAGCAAGGAUACAAUUGUAUGCAAAAACAAACAAAAAGUCUUUGGAACUUUUAACUUACUGCUGCUGCCGUGAUUUUUAACGUCAUCUUGUUAUAUAUUCUUUUGACUCUCCCAUUUUUAAAACAUUUUUUUUAAACCUCAUCUUCCCUUGACAUAAAUUGUGUUAAUUGCUUCUUGACUAUAGAGAACAAAGGUCUAAUGAUGGUGUUCUUUUUUUUUUUCUUUUUUCUUUUUGGCAUUUUGUUUUGUUUUGUUUUUUUAACCUUUUAAUUUUUUUUUAAAUGUGCCUAUGUUUAGAGUGAACCAGUGGUUUAUUUCUAAACACGGUUGACCACAAGAGUACAAAGACAAAUUAUUUCGGUAACUUUUUUUUAAAUUACUGCUGUUACUUUUUGUUUUUACUUUUUUAGGGUCUUUUUUUUUAAAAUAAAUAGCAGCAGGAGAUAGUAAAUGCAUACAUAGAGAAAUGCCAAUCACACAUGCUUGAAAAACAGAAGCAACUUGGACUUUUCUCCAAAACAGGCAGUGCUGUGGGCCCUGUCUAUAUUGAUUUUAUGUGACAAAAAGGUAUUGAGAAACAUCAGCGCAUACAUAGGUGAUGGGAUAAAUGAUGUUUUUAUAUAUUAAUACAAAUACUGGUUGUUGCCUUGAGUGCAAUUUUUAGUUAUGUUUACUUGUUUGAUAUUAUCUUCAGUGUUGGGUUGCAUAGCUGUCAUCCAGUUGAUCAUUGACCAACAUAUCAAGCGUUUUUAAAAGACGUUUUGAGCUUCUGGAGCAAGUGGUGAGUGUAUGAGAGUUUAAAAAAAAAAAAGAAGAAAAACAUUUAUAAUAAAACAUUGGCCGGUAACUUCUUGAAAGUUCUUUCUUUUUUCUUUUUAAAAAAUGUCUUUAAUUUUCUGUAGUUUGUUUUCACAGGGUCGAGUUAAGAAUCUUAAUAGCAUCAUGCAAACUAUUUCCUUGAUUUGUAUUGAUUUGUAACUUAAUUUUUUUUUUAAAGAUAUCUUUGUUGUCCCACACUGUCCCAGCAAUGCUGCUGCUUGUAUGCACUUUUUAUUUGCAUUCUCUAUAUUAAGACAAAAAAAAAAUCAGUAGUCUCUCAUUGAUUAUUUUUGAAUGGGGGCAUUUUGUUUCAGAAGUAUUUUAUUUGUUAAACGGUUGUAAAUUUGUAUCAAUUAAAUAUAAAUGCUGAGUUUCACUGGCUCAAAAUAAAUGGUAACUUUCUUUGGGGAAGGUUUUCCUUUCAGUCGCAAAGGAACCUGCUCUCUUGAACUGUUAAAAAAAAAAAAAAAAAGGGUCUCUGGGUGUGAGACAGUUUUAAUAUUCACAUAUCCUGCUUUCUCUGUUGCAAGCAUAACAGCUAACUGCAGUUCAAAUGAGCCCAGUUUAUUUUAAAUCAAUUUGUUUUGGGGGUUUUUUUUUGUUUGUUUUUUUUAUUCAAAAUGAUAAAAUGUGCUUUCAGUUAGUAUUAUCUCCUGUGACUGUGCAUUUUAAGAAUCCAACAAAAGGAAAUCAAACCAAACCUUUUUUGUUUCCUUAGGAUGUUUUGCAUCCCAAUUCUAUAUUCAAUCAUGGAUCUUUUUUUGUAUUGACAUGUGUGGGCCUACUUUCUCUGCAGCAGCUUGGUGUGUUUUAGUGGGUUGUGUUGGCCACUCUUCUCAACAGGAAGCCCAAGUGACGUGAGCACCACAGCUCACGUUGGAGUUGGGUCAGGUCAGGGUUGGGGGAACAAUGAAACGCUGCUUCUAAUUUACCAGCAGAACCUGUUGCUGCUUUUCAUGGACUUAAACAUAUGCUGUUCCGAGACAGAGGGAGCCGAGUAGGGCAGGAGAAGGGAAAACGAUCCACUCCCAAGAACGAUAGAGACUUCACUCGAAAACCUGACAAGGGACAAAUCCACUGACCUUUUCGGUUAAGCAUCAGGCCCGGUGGUUUUCACACAGAUCAAAUCGUUCGGACACAACGAUGAGACAACACAAGGUGCAUAUUUGAGCUUAACGCAGUUACAGUACAAGACUGUCGGAAAAAGACAAAAAAAAUUGUAAAAAGGGCUUUCUGUGUUCACGCUCAACAACACACCGGAGGCAUUGCAUUCCUGGGUUUUAUAUAAAAGCUUUGGAAGUUUCUUUUGUUUUGUGUGUGUAUUUACUUUUAGCUGUAAACAAUUGUGUGAAAAAUGCCUUCAACGAGUACUCAAAAGUGAGAUGUGCAUUAGGUAUGCAGCGUGAGCGCUGUGACCCAUUUUUACAUUCAGUCUCUCUGUUUUACUUUAUUCAUGUGCCAUUUUGCAAGGCUGAGAAUGCCAGGGUAUGAAGAGACGAGAUGACGGGAGGUGAGGCACGAACUGAGCGGGGCUGAUCGACUGGAGAGCAUUUAUCAGAUCGUGGAAUGUAGUUUUAAUGUUCUGAGGAGGAGAUGGAGAUCACAGACCUGUCCAUUCAGUUCCAGGUGCUGACUUGUUGCUGCAGGUGGUGAUGAUGUAUUGCGUACUGGUGCAUCCAAAAUAAUUGGAGUAUUUUGUUUAUUUUUCUAUCGUUUGUGAUUUUAGGCCAUCGAGAGCAUCACAGAAUCAGUCAUUUUGCUCCUUUUGCUUUUUUGUUUCUGGAUCAUAUGAGUCGUCAUUUUCUUGCCUUGUUAUUUUGUACAGGAAACAAGCAUGUUGAACACAUAUUUGACAUGAUUUGUCUGGGUCAGAAUCGGGCGUUUUUGCAUAGAAGAUUUCGAUUUAGUGGCUAUUUGGUGUAUCUGCAAAUGCUCCCUUUUUGUAUAUUGCAAAGGGUGUCGAAGCAUUGUGUGGCAAUGCUUAUCCUACUUAAUCUACAUUGACAAGCAGCCUUAAUGGUCUUUUUUAUGUGUUUGUUUGGCUAUUCCUUGUGUCUAUGGCCACUGACUGUACUUGAUGACAAGCAACUGGUUGUUACAAUGUAAAUUUGGGUCUAGUUUCUUCUGUCUUAUUUUUCCUUUUACUCUGUACAGUAAUCUGACGUUAUGGUAGGCUCAGUAUUACAAAAUCUGUAAUGUGAUGAGUUUUUCAAGAAAACAGAGAGCGCAAUGGAAGAUGAUGCCAUUAUGCUACCAAGUGGAUGUGCAUUAGCUUACGUCUCCCUUGUCUUUGGCAUUAAAAGGGAAUUCCACCAACACUGACUUGCAUUGUUAUUUUGCGAAAGAACAACGUAUUUAUUUUUUUAAUAUCUUAUCUCUGCAGUUAUAUCAGGUUUAAUUCAGGAGUUUUGCAGAGAGACUAAACUUCAUUUCUUAAAAAUAAAUCUAUACUGAGAUUAGGUAGUUUUGGACAUGUUUUCAGAAACACAACAAAAAAAUUCCAGGUUUGUUUCCACAUGAGGGAACAUGGAUUCAUAAUUACUCAUCUUUUUUGUAUAUAAACCGAGUCAGCUUUGGUGGAAUGGCCCUUUAAUGUGAAGCUGUCCAAUCUUUCCCAGUGCAUACUUAUCUGAAUCGCACCCAGCCACUGACACAUCCUCCUGUAGUAUCUCCAUACAUUUACUUGACUGCCUUAUGUGCACCAAGCAAAACCUUUAUGACCGCUUGAUUUAAUCCACAAAAACAGUCAUUUUUUUCUUUUAUUUCCUUUUUACGCCAGUAAAGAGAUGCGGGUCCUUGGACAUAACAGAUUUUGGAUGAGUUGUUUCUUGACUGGACGAGCAGACGCAGACAUGACUACCUCUAUGUGAGUCUUCAUUGCUAACCAGUGACUAAGAUCCAGUCUGAGGUGUUUCCACCUGUGUACAGCUGUGUGUUUGAAACAGGAAAUCUGGACCAGCAAUUAAACAACAGUCUGUUUUACUAAGCACCCCCACCCCCCUCCGAUGUUUUAUUUGUUUGGAUAUAUAUGCCUUUAUUAAGCAUUAUUUGGCAAUUGGAAAAGAAGAGAAAUACACUGACUCUUGUGCUUGGUUGUAAAUGACAAACUUAAUCAAUGCCGCCCCAUUGUAAGAAAAUUAUUCUGAUACCAACUAGCUGCAGAGUACUACUUUGCAAAUGAGUGAAAAUGACCAUGUUUGGUGAUGUUCUGUAUGUACAUACAUCUUUUUAACUGUAAUAAA